AACCAUUACAGCAGGACGGAGCUCAAGUUAACGAGUGCAGGAGGGUGGAAAGAGAGAAAGAAAGGAGAAAAAAGAGUAAAGAGAGAAAGAAGCGAACUUGAGCGCAGUUGCUGUGGACUGAAAAGGGAAGUUUGGAGCGACACGGAUCCACAUCGAGUCCCUGGAGUUUUUUGACAGUCGACCCCCGAACUCCUCGCGUCUGCAUCUGAACAGCAGCAAACAUGUCGGACGCUGACCGUUUCCUGUACGUGGAUCGUAAUGUGGUGAAUAACCCGCUGGCGCAGGCCGACUGGGCCACGAAGAAGCUGGUGUGGGUUCCGUCCGAGCGUCUGGGGUUCGAGGCAGGCUCGGUGAGAGAGGAACACGGCGAUGAGGUCAUGGUUGAGCUGGCCGACUCGGGGAAGAAGGUGCGGGUGAAUAAAGAUGACGUCCAGAAGAUGAACCCGCCCAAGUUCAGUAAGGUGGAAGACAUGGCCGAACUCACCUGCCUGAACGAGGCGUCCGUACUGCACAACCUUAAGGAGAGAUACUACUCCGGACUCAUUUACACAUAUUCAGGUCUGUUCUGUGUGGUGAUAAACCCGUAUAAGAACCUGCCCAUAUACUCGGAGGAGAUCGUAGAAAUGUACAAGGGCAAGAAACGACACGAGAUGCCGCCUCAUAUCUACGCCAUCACAGACACAGCUUACAGGAGCAUGAUGCAGGAUCGUGAGGACCAAUCGAUUCUGUGCACUGGUGAAUCUGGAGCGGGAAAAACAGAAAACACCAAAAAAGUCAUUCAGUAUCUGGCGCAUGUCGCCUCGUCUCACAAAACCAAGAAAGAUCAGAGCAGUUCAGUCCUGUCCCAUGGUGAGCUGGAGAAGCAGCUAUUACAAGCUAACCCAAUCCUUGAGGCGUUCGGUAACGCCAAGACAGUGAAGAACGACAACUCUUCGCGAUUCGGCAAAUUCAUCAGAAUCAACUUUGACGUUAACGGAUACAUCGUUGGAGCCAAUAUUGAAACCUACCUGUUGGAAAAAUCUCGUGCUAUUCGUCAAGCUAAAGAAGAGAGAACUUUCCACUUGUUUUAUUACAUGCUCUCCGGCGCGGGAGACAAACUGCGCUCUGAACUGUGUCUGGAGAACUAUAACAACUAUCGGUUCUUGUCUAAUGGGAAUGUGACGAUCCCGGGACAGCAGGACAGAGACAUGUAUGUGGAGACUAUGGAGGCUAUGAGGAUCAUGGGUAUCCCUGAAGAUGAACAGAUUGGUCUACUGAGGGUUGUGUCGUCCGUUCUACAGCUGGGUAAUAUGACCUUUAAGAAGGAGCGACACUCUGACCAGGCCUCCAUGCCUGAUGACACUGCUGCUCAGAAGGUAUCUCAUCUGAUGGGAAUGAAUGUGACGGAUUUCACGCGCGCCAUCCUCUCGCCCCGGAUCAAAGUGGGUCGUGAUUAUGUGCAGAAGGCGCAGACGCAGGAGCAGGCAGAGUUCGCAGUGGAAGCGCUGGCUAAAGCCACUUACGAGAGGAUGUUCCGCUGGCUGGUGAUGCGUAUCAACAAGGCUCUGGAUAAAACCAAGCGUCAAGGCGCUUCAUUCAUCGGCAUCCUGGACAUUGCCGGAUUUGAGAUCUUUGAACUGAACUCGUUUGAGCAGUUGUGUAUUAAUUACACUAACGAGAAGCUGCAGCAGCUCUUCAAUCACACCAUGUUCAUCCUGGAGCAGGAGGAGUAUCAGCGUGAGGGCAUCGAGUGGAGCUUCAUCGACUUCGGUCUCGACCUGCAGCCCUGCAUCGACCUCAUCGAAAAACCUGCGAGUCCUCCAGGAAUCCUGGCUCUGCUGGACGAGGAGUGCUGGUUUCCCAAAGCCACAGAUAAGAGCUUUGUGGAGAAGGUUCUUCAGGAGCAGGGAACUCACCCCAAAUUCCACAAACCCAAGAAACUGAAGGACGAGGCCGAUUUCUGCAUCAUUCACUAUGCUGGGAAGGUGGAUUAUAAGGCAGACUCAUGGCUGAUGAAGAACAUGGAUCCGCUGAAUGAUAAUGUGGCCACUCUUCUCAAUCAAUCCACUGACAAGUUUGUUUCAGAGCUGUGGAAGGACGUGGAUCGUAUUGUGGGUUUGGAUAAGGUUGCCGGUAUGUCGGAGUUGCCUGGAGCGUUUAAGACUCGUAAGGGAAUGUUCCGAACGGUCGGGCAGCUCUAUAAGGAGCAGCUCUCUAAACUCAUGGCCACUCUGAGAAACACCAACCCAAACUUCGUCCGCUGCAUCAUUCCCAACCAUGAGAAAAAGGCAGGUAAGUUGGACCCUCAUCUGGUUCUGGAUCAGCUCAGGUGUAACGGUGUUCUGGAGGGCAUCAGGAUCUGCAGACAGGGAUUCCCCAACCGCAUCGUCUUCCAGGAGUUCAGACAGCGAUAUGAAAUCCUCACACCAAACGCCAUUCCUAAAGGCUUCAUGGAUGGAAAACAGGCCUGUGUGCUGAUGAUUAAAGCUCUGGAGCUGGAUCCAAACCUAUAUCGGAUCGGACAGAGCAAAGUGUUUUUCCGCGCUGGAGUUCUGGCUCACCUCGAGGAGGAGCGAGACAUGAAGAUCACUGACGUCAUCAUCAACUUCCAGGCCUGGUGCCGCGGAUACGUCGCUCGCAAAGCGUUUGCUAAGAGACAGCAGCAGCUGACGGCCAUGAGAGUGAUUCAGAGGAACUGUGCUGCUUACCUGAAGCUCAGAAACUGGCAGUGGUGGAGACUCUUCACGAAGGUGAAGCCGCUGCUGCAGGUGAGCAGACAGGAGGAGGAGAUGCAGGCCAAAGAUGAAGAACUCAACAAGGUGAAAGAGAAGCAGCUGGUCGCUGAACAACAACUGCAGGAGAUGGUGGUCAAACAACAGCAGUUGAAUGCAGAGAAGCUGGCGCUGCAGGAGCAGCUACAGGCUGAGAUGGAUCUGUGUGCCGAAGCGGAUGAGAUGAGGAACCGUCUGGUGGCCAAGAAACAAGAGCUGGAGGAGAUUCUUCAUGAUCUGGAGGCCCGUGUGGAGGAGGAGGAGGAGAGAGCCAAUCAUCUACAGGCGGAGAAGAAGAAGAUGCAGCAGAACAUUGCGGAUCUGGAGCAGCAGUUGGAUGAGGAGGAAGCUGCUCGGCAGAAACUGCAGCUGGAGAAGGUCACGAUGGAGGCCAAGCUGAAGAAGACCGAAGAGGACGUCAUGCUUUUAGACGACCAGAACAACAAACUGCUCAAGGAGAAGAAACUUAUGGAAGAAAGAAUCUCCGAGUUCACCACCAACCUGGCCGAGGAGGAGGAGAAAUCCAAGAGCUUACAGAAACUGAAGAACAAACACGAGACCAUGAUCACUGACCUGGAGGAUCGCCUGCGUCGUGAGGAGAAACAGCGUCAGGAGUUGGAGAAGAACCGGAGGAAACUGGAGGGCGACUCAACGGAGCUGCAUGAUCAGAUCGCUGAACUGCAGGCGCAGAUCGCAGAACUCCGCGCACAACUCGCCAAGAAAGAGGAAGAGCUUCAGGAGGCGCUGGCCAGGAUCGAAGAGGAAGCGGCGCAGAAGAAUCUGGCGCAGAAGAAGAUCCGUGAACUGGAGGCUCAGCUGAGUGAACUUCAGGAAGAUCUGGAGUUGGAGAGAGUAGCUCGCACCAAAGCCGAGAAACACCGGCGAGAUCUGGGAGAAGAGCUGGAGGCGCUUAAGACCGAGCUGGAGGACACGCUGGACUCCACCGCAGCUCAACAGGAGCUCAGGACAAAGCGUGAAACAGAGGUGGCUCAGUUGAAGAAGACUCUGGAUGAAGAAGCUAAAGUUCAUGAGCAGCUGGUGGCCGAGAUGAGACAGAAACAUGGUCAGGCCUUCGACGAGCUCAAUGAGCAACUAGAGCAAGUCAAGCGGAACAAGGUGUCAGUGGAGAAGACCAAACAGGCUCUGGAGUCAGAGAGGAACGAGCUGCAGAUCGAGCUGAAGACGCUCAUGCAGGGUAAAGGAGAAUCUGAACAACGCAGGAAGAAAGCUGAGACGCAGCUGCAGGAGCUGCAGGUCAAACACACAGAGAGCGAGAGACACCGUAUCGAACUUGCAGAGAAAGUCGCCAAGAUGCAGGUGGAGCUCGAUAACGCCAACAGUCUGCUGAGUGAAGCCGAGGGCAAGUCCAUAAAGGCAUCGAAGGACUGCACUGCCGUAGAGUCUCAGCUUCAGGAUGUGCAGGAACUUCUACAAGAGGAAACUCGUCAGAAAUUGUCUCUCAACACGCGUCUGCGUCAGCUGGAAGAUGAGCAAAAUGGCCUGAAAGAACAACUUGAAGAAGAGGAGGAGGCCAAGAGGAACCUGGAGAAACAGAUGAGCACCAUGCAGGCCCAGCUGGUUGAGAUGAAGAAGAAGAUAGAGCAGGAGGCUGGCUCUCUGGAGAUCACUGAGGAAAACAAGAAGCGUUUGCAGCGAGACCUGGAGUCCGUCACACUGCGUCUGGAUGAGAGGAAUGCCGCCUACGACAAACUGGAUAAGACCAAGACCCGCCUGCAGCAGGAGCUGGACGACAUGGUGGUGGACCAGGACCACCUGAGACAGAUCGUGUCCAACCUGGAGAAGAAACAGAAGAAGUUUGACCAGAUGCUAGCAGAGGAGAAGUCCAUCUCUGCGCGUUACGCUGAGGAGCGCGACCGCGCUGAGGCCGAAGCUCGCGAGAAAGAGACCCGUGCGCUGGCACUCGCCAGAGAGCUGGAGACCCUCAGGGACCUGAAGGAAGAACUGGACCGCACCAACAAACUGCUGCGAGCAGAGAUGGAAGACCUGGUGUCCUCCAAAGACGACGUGGGCAAGAGCGUGCAUGAGCUGGAGAAGUCCAAGCGUGGUAUGGAGCAGCAGCUUGAGGAGAUGAGGACACAGUUGGAGGAGCUGGAGGAUGAGCUGCAGGCUACCGAAGACGCCAAACUGCGUCUGGAGGUCAACAUGCAGGCCAUGAAGGCACAGUACGAGAGAGACCUGCAGGGCCGAGACGAGCUAGGAGAAGAGAAAAAGAGACAGCUGCUCAAACAGGUCCGUGAGAUGGAGCUGGAGUUGGAAGAUGAGCGUAAGCAGCGUUCAGUUGCCAUGGCAGCACGUAAGAAGCUGGAGUUGGAUCUGAAGGAUCUGGAGGCGGCCAUCGACCAGGCUAACAAGAGCCGUGAUGAGGCGCUCAAACAGCUCAAGAAAGUACAGGCUCAGAUGAAAGAUCUGCUGCGUGAACUAGAGGACACUCGUGUGUCCAGAGAAGAGAUCCUGGCUCAGAGCAAAGAGAAUGAGAAGAAAGUGAAGAGCAUGGAGGCUGAGAUGAUCCAAAUGCAGGAGGAACUGGCAGCAGCAGAGCGUGCGAAGCGACAGGCGCAGCAGGAAAGAGACGAACUGCAGGAUGAAAUCAACAACAUGGCCUCAAAAGGUGCUCUGGGCUCAGAAGAGAGGAGGCGUCUGGAGGCGCGUAUCGCUCAGCUGGAGGAGGAAUUGGAGGAGGAGCAGAACAACACAGAGCUGGUGAACGACCGUCUGAAGAGAGCGCUGCUGCAGACGGAUCAGGUGAACAUAGAGCUGACGGCUGAGCGCAGUACCUCCCAACGCUUGGAGGGGGCGCGAUCACAGAUGGAGCGCCAGAACAAGGAGUUGAAACUCAAACUGACCGAGCUGGAGGGAACCGUCAAGAGCAAGUACAAGGCCACUAUCGCUGCCAUGGAGGCCAAGAUCGCCCAGCUGGAAGAGCAGCUCGAUGUUGAGACCAGGGAGAGGCAACAAGCCUCAAAAUUGGUGCGUCGUACCGAGAAGAAGCUAAAGGAGGUGAUUCUGCAGGUCGACGACGAGAGACGCAACACGGAGCAGUAUAAAGACCAGGCUGAUAAGUUUAACAGCCGUAUGAAGCAGCUGAAGCGUCAGUUGGAGGAGGCAGAGGAGGAGGCGCAGCGGGCAAACGCCAACCGCAGAAAACUGCAAAGAGAGCUGGAGGAUGCCACCGAAUCAGCCGACGCCAUGAACCGCGAAGUCAACAGCCUGAAGAGCAAACUCAGGCGUGGCGAUCUCCCCUUCACCAUGCGUCGCAUUGUCAGCCGCUCCGGAAUAGAGAGUGAUGAAGACGCGGAGGCCAAGAGUGAAACCCCCGAACCCAAACCAGAGUGAACGGAGCUCCCCCUGCUGUCAGGAGCACUGAACUACAGCAUUUCUUAACACAAACAGAUACCCACAAGUCAUGGACAGUAACAUCCAUAAAAACUCAGAUGCAUUUUUUUUUUCUUAUUUUAGUGCCAUAGUGUAUUAGCGCACACACAUACACACACACACACAGACAUAAAAUGGCUCUCUUGACAAUCAGCGCUCACACAGAACAACUUCUCUCACAUUGAGGACCAAAAUUGUUUUCAUGUCAAUGUCUAUGAUUAAAAAAAACAAAAACAAAAAAAACCGGAAUGAUAUUUUUGUAAGGACUCAUUCCGUCAAUGAUAGUCCCAAUCCUUUAUCUGUUUUUUAACUGAAGUAAAGAAUGAUUAAAAAUUGUUUAAAUAAGUAAGAAGAUAACUUAUUUGAAGGGGACCAAAGCAACAAUGCUUUCUACAAAACAAUGCUUUCUAGAAGUUUUUGUAAUGGUGUAAGAACGGACAUAGUAACCUACUAUGAUAGCGGUUGGUUUCUUGCACCUCUGCUGGCAAAUAAAAGAUUUACCUGUUAUGAUGUUCAGAUAACUCUAUAGAUAGUAUCUUGCAAUUAUGCUUUUGGGCUUAAAACAUGGAAGAAUUUCUGAUAUUAAUGCAGGCCCAAGAAUAUUAGAGACUGUCACGCCACUGUAUAUGCAGAUGAAAUUGGAAAAAACUAGUGCCUCUUUGUUUUUAAGCAAUAAAAUGGACGUGUCUUCUCACUGGUGCAUCGGAUUGAAGGAAUAUAGAUAAGAGUAGGCAAUGCACAAACUCAUUUAAAUAUGGCAUUAUGCACUAUAGCCUUGAAAUCUAAUCCUGGUCAUUUACUUUCAGUAUACGUGUCUUUUAUUGUUCAGGGCAUGGAGGGUGGAGGGGUAGACGGUUUUCUCACGCACACACACUGUAAAAUCUGAGCACAGCGGUAAGGGGUGGGCUCACGCAAAAUCCACUUUUGGCAAGAGUUUUUGAAACAUGGAAAACUGUUAGGUUUCCAUGGCUACCUCUCUGAUCAAAAUGUUGAAUACUCUUUGACUUCAUAAUUGAUUUCUCUGCAUUCUAUAUUGGAUCCCUCUUUUUUAGGAGCUUCAGAAUGACAAAGGAGAAAAUAAUCAAAGGGGUUCAUAGCAUGGCAAUAAUUUGUGCACUCCGAAAAGCUCGUGCUCAGUUUCUGCUUUUUUGCUCACACUGCUGGGAAGUGAGAAAUUAUUGACUAUUAUUGAUUAUGUAUGAAUAGUUAAUGAGCAUUUCUCUCUCUCCCUCUCUUUUAUUCUCAUCGUCACCCAAUAAUGGCUUUGUGAUGUUGUGUUAUGUUCUCUCUCUGCAGCUCCUAAAUGAUAUCUGGAGAGAUUUGUCUUAAAUCUUUGGUAUAAUUGCAAUAAAAUGGCUUUUUAAAAACUA